AUGCCAGUCAGAGCCAUUGAAAAAAAACCAACACUUUUUAAGCGGGUGGUCAGUUUUAUUUGCUAUCCUUUUAUAAAGCACAGAAAGCAAAAAAGACAGUUGUAUACCACAGAAGUAACAAACGCAUUAUUACACCUUAUAAACAAACAGGCGUACUUAAACAAGCAGAUAUUCAUGCAUGCGCGGCUGAAUACAGACAUGAAAGAAACCUUUAAACAGUUUGAGUGCAUAGACUACACAAGAUAUUCGCAUGAGGACAUAUUUGGGUUUGUUAAGCUUUACUUGCUAAAGGAAUUAGGACCGCCAGUUAAAUCAUCAAUUAUAAAACGAAUCAUUGACAACAAAUACGAUAAAACACAUAUUCCAGGAAUAGUAAAGGACAUAUACACAAACAGCAACUUAUACACUAUUAGAAAUCUUCAAAUUAUGUUCUGCUUACUGAUUUAUACAUAUAAAAUAUUUAAUUACAAUAGUAUUAGUGGAAUGUUUUUGGUGGGGGCAUUUAUUCCUUUAUUCUUUGGAGAGAAAGAAAUUUCGCGGCUUAAGAAAAAGAAUCCACAGAAGUAUUUCACUCUUAUAAACAGAUGGAAUGAUAUUAUAAAAUAUCUUCCUAAAGGAAGUAUUCAUUAA